AAGACAAUCUUAAAGAUUUAUUUUGGGAUUACAAUAACAAUCUUAUUGGCCACCUUAUCCCGGGCAUUGUUUUGUAAAAGCACGCUUCGAAAUUGUCGUACACUCUUUUGUGGCUAACUUCGUUCAAUAACGGCGCCUCGUCACACAUGUGAAGGAGUUCCAUCAAUAGUUUUGAAAACCUUUGAAAAGUGAAAUAUUGAAAUCAAUUAAAACAAUGACAGCAGGAAAUUACAACUAGCAUGAGGAGGAAUGACAGAAAAACGGAAAGAGGAAGCCAAUAGAAAUUCUCUUAACGUUGCUCGUCGUAUAUUUUUGUCAGUAGCACAUGAUGAAUAAACACGUAUGUGCAUUUAAGCGUCCGAUGUAUCGCUUAACCUAGAAAACUUAAGGGGAAGCUGGAGUCGCCUGUAUUACCGACGGAGUAAAUAACUUUUUUUAAUAAAAUGGAAAAUAUUAGACGAUAUACGGCAAAUUAAUUAUUUGGGUAUACAUUGAACAUCGUAGAAGACCAGAAACACUCUUGGAGAAUCAGAAAUUGAUUUGCUCUGCAGUACCGCGUAUAAUAAAAACUAUGCGUCACACUAUAUUGGCGGCAUUUGAUUUCGAUCACACCAUCUGUGACGACAACACCGAUGUCGUCGUGCGGAAGUUACUGUCGGAAGAGAAGAUACCCGAGGACGUGAAGAGCCUGUACAAGUCCAGCGGCUGGAUCGCUUACAUGGGCAGGAUAUUCGAGCUCCUGCACGAGAACAACGUCGACGCGCAGCAGAUUGAGAACGCCGUCGCCAACAUACCAGCGGUCGCCGGUAUCGCGACGGUGCUCACUUCCCUGCGCGCUAGCAACCACGACGUCGUCAUCAUCAGCGAUUCCAACAGCUUGUUCAUAGACUGCUGGCUGAAGAGCAAGAAGCUCGAGCGCGUGGUAUCGCGCGUAUUCACGAAUCCAGCUUGGUACGACGGUAACGGCAUGCUGAGGGUCAGCAUGUACCACACGCAACGCAGCUGCCAGCUGAGCGCCGUCAACCUCUGCAAGGGGCAAGUUUUGACGGACUACGUGAAGGAGAGGCGCGAUCAGGGCGUGAACUUCGACAGGAUCAUCUACGUCGGUGACGGAAGGAACGAUCUCUGUCCGAUCCUACGGCUCUCGCGGGACGAUCUCGCCUGUCCGAGGCAGGAUUAUGCGCUCAUCGAUAUACUGGACAAGCUGCCACCUGACAGGAAAAUGAAGGCGCAAGUUGUGCCGUGGGAGAACGGCAGAGACCUGCGAUGCAGUCUCGAGCGAGUCGUGGGGUCCGACGUCCUGUACGGAGCGUGUUAGACUCGUACGAUGAUUGCCUGAAAUCAAGCUCGAAAGUGUUCAUCAUGGGCGCCCGCAGAAAAAAUUCAAGGGGGGACAAACCCUUAAGGUCUCUCUAAAGAUGGGAAACUCAAGUAAAAGACAAGGAAAAUUUUCACUUUGAAACUUAUUAUAUCAGAUAUAUAAUUUAUGUGUAUUAUUUGUUUGUUGUUUUCUUUCCUUUUCAUUUUUUUGCUCAACAUAACAGGGCAAUUGCCCCUCCUUGCCCCGCGCCCAUGGUUCACAUUGAUAUUCACUUUGCAUUUGUAUUGUUAUUUUUUUUGUUAAUUUUACUCUUUAUUCCGUAAGUGUCGUCAUUGAAUAACAAAUCGAUCGUUGUACUUGAUUCAUCUGAGUAACAUUAAGUAUUUAACGAUACGCAAGAAAAUUUAAACGCCUUCUCGUAAAUAAAUGUGAUUUUCUUUCCAUAGUUCCUAACGCUGCUUAUUCUGUAAUAUGCGACAAGAGAAAUAAUUGAUAAGACUAAAAGAAAUGCAUUAUAAUAAUAUCCGUUUAAAUGUGUAAAAGCUUACGCAUUAUGUACAACUAUUAUAAACUCAGAGUUUUUUUAUUCUGUUUUUAUAAUAAUUAUAUAUGAAUGAUAAUGUGAUAAUAAUAAUGAUGAUAAUACUAAUAUCAAUUAUAUAUUACAUGCUUUAUUUAAUUAAGAUAUAAUAUCGCUGGAAAUUGUCGGGGAAAUUACUUACAAUUAAACAAUUAAGUUUUGAUUUCUUUUCAAAAUAAAAAGUCUGUGA